AUGCAACACGGAGCUGCAUGGUUCGUGUGUGCUCUCGUAGGUAUUCCCUCUGACCAGAGGAACCUUAUUUUGUUCCCGGCCUGCGUCAAGACAAGGCUGCCGUCCAAGCCUGGACUAUGGUACCGAAUCAGCGGUGCCAUGAAGUCAAUUAGAGUAUCACGCCACGUCAAUUCGGCAGUGCCGCUGCUGAUCCGGUUGACAGAUGUUGUCUGCGGCUCUAUCACAUCAUCCACCAGCCCAGAUGCCAAGCACCCGUUUGUCUUGAUGCCAUCGCGUUCGAUGCUUGACAGUACGAAUUUUGCGCCGAGUGUUGCCUUCAUCGCCCUGGCGGGCUGGACAUGA